AUGGCAUCAAUUAUAUUUGCAAGUCUGUUUGUAAUCGUCAUUAUUCUGCUUUAUAUCUAUUUGAAACGAAGUUACUCUCCGUCACCAGAUGAUCUACCAGGAGUGAAGCCACAUAUUUUUUUUGGUAAUUUAAUUAAUUCUGGCAUAAUGACGGGUCAAUCAUCAUUUGCUCAAGUUACACUCGAUUAUCAACGUCGUUUUGGUGACAAAUUUCAAUAUUGGUUCGGUUCACUUCGAUGUUUAGUUUUCUGUCGAAUGGAACAUGCUCAAACGAUAUUUGACGAUCGUCAUAUUUUCGAACAAUCCCCAUUAGUUCUUCCAAACUUUGAUGUUUUUUGUCCAGGCAGCGUUUCAAUGUUGACUGGCGCAAGAUUUAAACGGCAUAUACGAGUUCUGUCACCGAUAUUAAAACGAGCAAAGAUAAUCAAUUAUUUGGAGAUAAUUGUUGAAUGUGCUGAUCGUUUUAUUGAUCAACACCUUUGUCCUGGUCAAGUUAAUCGAGAUUUGGUCUCAUGUUGUCGAUCAUUUGGGCUCAAUGUCAUUGGAUUCAUCGAAUUCGGCCACGAUUUUGAUAUUCACGUUGAUUUACCAAUAAAAAAAGCUAUUGACGAUUUUCUGUACCAUGCCGUGUUGCUUAUGAAUAUACCUUGGAUGCCUCGAUGGCUAGGCAAAAUCUAUUUGAAAUGUAAUUGGAAAUAUCAACGAGCUUAUCGAUUGACUCAUGAAUUCGUAGAAAAAGUUAUCGAAGCAGAACUUUUUAAACAAAGUGACAUGAAAAAUGAACGACCAAAGCAUGUGAUUGCUUCAUUAGUCUCAUCAUUGAAUGAACAAGCCAACGACGAACAUCCUUCAUCUGGUCUAACACGUUCAGAAAUAUUUGACGAAGUUUUGACGAUGAUCCAAGGUGGUUAUGAAUCAGGAUCAGCUGCUCUAUUGUGGUUUAUAUUAUUCGCAAGUAAAAAUCCUCAAGUGCAACAACGAAUGAAAGACGAAUUGCACAAACAUCAUCUUCUGAUGACUGAUGGUCUCACGAAUGUACCACCACUUACAUCAGACAAUUUAGCUUCACUAACCUAUUGUGAAUGUGUGACAAAAGAGGUCUUACGCUUGGCUCCUAUCGGUGACCUCGUAAGCCGUACAAGUACUUGUGACACCAUCGUUGAUAAUGUGAAGGUUUAUCGUGGUCAAACUGUUUUUAUUGCUACACAUAACAUCAACACUGAUGCUCGCUAUUGGCAUCAUGCUGAUCCUCGACGAUUUGUACCAGAAAGGUUUUUAGGUGAAGAUAAAAAUCACGAUCCAUUGGCGAUGAUCCCGUUUGGUGGUGGACAUCGAGCAUGUCUUGGACAAGAAUUAGGUUGGUUAGAGUUGAAAACGGUCAUCGUUCGAAUAAUGCAACGUGGUAUUACACUCGAAGAUGCAUCGGAGCAUACCGACAGUUAUGAUGAACGUAUCAUCGUUAUUCCAGACAACUUUGCAGUGCGUGUACGCAUUGAUUGA